AUGUCGCUGGAUGCAAAAGAUAAAAAUGGCUCAAAUUCAGCUACAGGGCUUUCGGGAACACAACCCCAACCAGUGCCGGAGACAAGAGAUGCUUUGUGCGCAAAAGGAGCUAAAAUUGCUCCGAUUUUCUUACGAGCGAUACAGCAAAGAAAGCGGAGCAGCGACGGGGAGCUGGACCAGCCUCUGGAUAGCACGCAGCAAUCCGUGUUUCAAGGUGAUAACGUGCAACCAGUAAAACGUCCACCUGCAGUUUCUCACGUGACAAUAAAGGACAGGUGUCAGGGACAGCUGUCACCCUCAGUUCUGCACAGCUGCCUGGAAGAAAUCCAAACUUCUAAUCCAGCAUUUCCAGUCCAAGCUGUGCUCAACACUUUGAGGAAGAAGGCAGGAGAAGGGCUGCAGGAGCAUGCACUCACAGAUUUAUUUUUUGAGGAUACACUGUGGACAGAUAAGUACAGUCCCCAGUGUUCAUGUGAGGUCAUUGGUAAUCCUGCAUCUGUGAAUAAAUUGUACAGUUGGUUAAGGAAAUGGAAACUAAGAGCCGCCCGUGACAAGGAGAGACAAAUGGAGGAAAAGAAGCAACAGGAAAACAGUAAUGAGUCAUGGGAUUGUGGAGACUUCCAGGGUGAAGCUGGAUCAGACGAUGGCAGAGAGGACCCACUGGGUAACACCCUGCUGAUUACAGGACCGUCAGGUGUGGGCAAGACCGCUUCGGUGUACGCCUGUGCUCGGGAGCUGGGCUUCAAGGUGUUUGAGGUGAACUGUUCCUCACAGCGCAAUGGGCGCAAUGUUCUGUCCCAGCUAAAGGAGGUUACCCAGUCACACCUAGUGGAGACGUCGGGGAAAGACCAGCUGAAACCGGCUUACUUCAACACCUUCAACACCAACACCUGCACUUCUAAAUCUGAGAUUUUACUAGGAAAAAGGGUGCUUCCUAAAAAUGUCACUUCCACCUCAAAAAGAAGAACAUCACAGAAUUUGAGAGGCUCUCAUUGCAGCGCAAAAGCAAAAUCAGCCACAGUCACUCUGACUCACUAUUUUAGGAUGAAGGCCAAAGCAGAUCACUUACAGUCUGGUUUCCUGUCACCAUCUGAAAGGCCAGAGAACAAGAAACUGGUCAACUCAUCGUCAGGCUCUGAUGUAGCAGAGAAAAAGACAGCCACUUCACUUAUUCUCUUUGAAGAGGUUGACGUUAUAUUUGACGAUGACGUCGGUUUCCUUGCAGCCAUUAAGGCUUUCAUGAGUACCACUAAAAGACCAGUCAUUUUGACUACGAACGAUCCCUUAUUCAAGGAUCGAUUCGACGGCAGCUUGGAUGAAAUAAUUUUCAAAACUCCAUCAGCAGUGAAUAUGUGCAGUUACCUGCAGCUGGUGUGUCUGGCUGAGGGAGUGCAGCUGGAUUUGGGUGACGUCAGCAACCUCCUCAGACUCACCUGUGGUGAUGUCAGACGCUGCCUGCUGCAGCUGCAGAUCUGGGUGCAGAGUGGUGGAAGGUCUAAGAAACCCAUCUGUGUGCAGUACUCAGAUGCUGCUGAAGGAGAACAUUUAGACUCAUUUCCUCCGUACAAAACAGGCUGCUCUGCUAACAUGCUGGGUCUUUGCGGUGUAACUCCAGAACAUUUGCUGAACCUUCUAAAGGCAAGUAUUUGUUUCUCUGCAUAAAUCUUCAUGAUCAUUUCUCCAAAUGAAAUUAACGUUUCCGAUCUAUCGUGUUUUGAUUCUCAGUCCUCGUCUAAAAAGCACAUGAACGAGCUCUUGAUGCUUCUCGCUGAGAGCUGGAGACGAGGCGUGCCUCUUCUCUAUUUGAACCUGGAGCUUCUCCUGUCUGUAGCAGCUCAGCAUACUACGGUUCGAUGCUUGGAAACAGUAGCUUAUUCCAGGCUACAGUGCGAGCAAUCUGAUGUUGGGCUUCACAUCGAGCAGCACAAUAGAAGCAUUUAUCAAAGGGCUUCACUGACCAACAGCAAAUCUGUAAGCCAUAUGUCAAGGCUUAGCAGAAGGAAGUAUAACAACACAUCAUCUGACAGUUUGGGCCUUGAAAAAACAUUCUCAUUCAGUGGGACUCCUUCAAAAGCUCUGCAUUCAGGCAGUACGGCUCAACAAAUUGCAGCUAAAGAGGGGAGUGAGUGUUUAGACGCCCUGACUGACUUCUUUGACCUCAUGUCCUACCUCGAUGCCACCCUGCCGCCCACAGGGAUACGUGUUUCCGACUCCUGCGCACCCGAGUCAUUUGUGUGGACAGGGGCGGAGAUAAAGGCUGGUUUGUUGGAUGAGAUGAGGGAGGGAGAGGACAGCAGCUACAGUCAGGAGAGGCUGUUGGACAUUCAGGCUGCUGCUGAAGGUUUGGGGUGUCACAGGUGCUUGUGCAGAGCGUCUGAGGCAUGGACUGAAGUGCAAAAAAUCAGACAGGGGCUGGAGGACAAAAGGUGGGGGAGGCUGAUGGAGAGACUUGCAUUGACCUCUUCUAAAAGACACAGUCUCAGCUUUAGUUUUCAGCCUCUCUGUGAGCCAAGUUUGUCCCAAAGAAGAUUCAGACUGAACAGGACGGUUCUCAGCAGUAAACCCUUCGUUUUGCUGGGGAACAGACGGGCUGUGUGUGUCGACUACAUGCCGGUCCUCCGCUUCAUCUGCCGCUCACAUAAAGCACAGCAACAGAAACAAGAGCCACUGAGGUGUAUGAACUACCUCAACAACAUUCACCUGGGCCUCUCAAAGUCAACCAUGCAGCUCCUGGCAGAAGGUUUCACGUGACUCCUAAAAGACUAUUGAA